AUAUAUAUGUGUGUGUGUGUGUAGUAAAUGUAUGGUGUAUGAUAUCAUUAAAUAUUGGCGCAAGCAAAAAUUGCUACUGUUUAUACUUCUAUAUUAGCGUCUUACUCGUUGUUAGCUUAUUAGCUAUUUAACGUUACAGACGUGUUUGGUCGUGGCCUCAGUACUGCACCUCAUGAGCGCUUUAUAAACCACGCCCUCUUUCGUUUCGUCAGAUUUUGUGACCCAGAUCAUAAUAAUACACUAACUUAGCUCUCUCCAUUGUGUUUACAUGUACAAGGCACAAAUAUGCAUGCCUGAUUUAUUUUCAUAAAAUUUUAAAGAAAAGUAUCUUCCCGAAACACAUUACUAUAUUUGUAUUGACCUAUCAGUGAUAGGUCAGACCCACACUGUGACCUACAGUUGAUACUGUAUUUUAUUAUUACUGUGAGAAAUUAUUGUCCUGUGCUGACACCCCAUGGAAAUUGCCGCUGUAGUUUUAUCUGUCUAUUUGUCUUGGGUGUUUGCACAGGCAGUUCUGUCACAGGCGUGUUACAUGCGUUCCUCAACGAUGUAACAGUAAGCAGCGUAGUCAUAACUCCUAUGUCAUACUGUGAGGUAAUACUAUAUGUGCACGGAGACGCGGGUAAACCUCUCGUAUGUUAGAACCUGCAAACACUUGGAUAUGAAUUGAUAACAUACAGGUUUAAAUUUUUGUUUCAAAUAAAAAAAGAAGCAAAAGAACACAACAAAAACUGAAUGUCUAAUGACAUUGCACUAAUGUAUGACAGAUCUGACUUUAAAAUGUUACAUUCUGUAUGUUUAUUAGCAAAAUAAAUAUUAGAUGAAAAUUGUGUAAAUUCCAAAAAUUAAUGUGCAAGCCAUUCAAUUAGCACUUUUCUUUUUUUAACUAAUUAAAAUAGUUUAUAAAUGCACAGUAACUUCAACUGCUAUCCAUGUAGGUCAUUUACAAAGUGUUGAUAUGAAAUGCAAAGUAAUUCAGCCUGUAAUGUACAAAUCUUCUAAAUUUGAACGUGAUAUUAAAGCCACCCAUUUCUAUUACACAGACAGUGACAUGCAAGGAACAGAGGGGGCAUUAGGAGGUCCUGAUGUAAGAAGGAGGAUACCCAUCAAACUUCUCCCUAAACAGGCUAGAAAAAGCUUUGCCUACAAGCAGGAGGAGAGGUCUGACUUUGGGGUAAAGGCCGGAGAUGCUUAUGCUGGUCAGCGGCGGUACCCCCAGCCACUGUUUUGGGAUUAUAAGCUUAAUCUCAUUGGAGAAAAAGAUGAAACUCCUGUCCAUAUAUGUGACAAGUGUGGUCUCCCUAUUAAAACUUAUGGACGCAUGAUUCCAUGUAAACAUGUUUUCUGUUACGAAUGUGCAUUACUGCAUGAAAGGAAAGGUGAUAAAAUGUGCCCAGGUUUGAAUCAGUACAGCUGUAACGACCCUGUUCAGCGGAUUGAGCAGUGUCAACGGGGUUCUCUCUUCAUGUGCAGCAUCGUUCAGGGUUGUAAACGCACCUAUCUGUCACAGAGAGACUUGCAGGCCCAUAUUAACCACCGCCACAUGAGGGCGAGCAAGACUUCAGCAGGCCGCUCUGACUCUCACCACCUUCCCAGCUCUGAAGUUUCAGAGCGUUUCCGUGUGCCUCCUACACACAUGCCUAAACCCCAUGUGCUUAUUCCUCCCCCUUUACCACAUGCCACUCAUGACCCAUACUCUCAGCCAUCUCCUGCCUCUCAUGAUGACCUCCGUCCCCUCCCUGUCCAGACUCCUACAUCUGACAUGGGGCCUCCUCGCUCUCUCGCUCAAGAGACGUUCCGUAUUACUACGGUGACCACAAGGAAGCACAGCAACCUCAUCACCGUCCCUAUCCAGGAUGAUUCAGCAAGCUCUGCUUCCCGUGAGCCUAUAAAUGCCCCGCCACAUCACCACCCAGGAGACUAUCCAGGGCAGCCUGUGGUCUCACACCCACACCACAUGAUGGCUCCACCUCAGCAGCGUUAUGGGCCUCCACCUCCACUCACUCAUCCAAUGCAGCAUCCACCACAGGUCUUCAGUCAAGCACCUCCUCCACCUUUAUCCUCAGUUCCUCCUCCUAUCACCCCUCCUCCUGGGCAUCUCAUGAGUCAGCUCCCACCAUACAUGAACCAUCCUCCACCUGGUCCUCCUCCUCAACAUGGGGGACCAGUAAAUGCCCCACCACCCCACCAUUACACUCCUCAGUUCUCUGAAGAUAAAGGUACCCUCAGCCCACCAUUCAACCAACCUGGAGGCCUCAGUCCUGGGAUGUGGCCUGCUCCCAGAGGUCCUCCCCCACCCAGAAUGCAGGGUCCUCCUCCACAGGGACAGAUGCCUGUACCUCAUCACCCAGACCAGAGUCGAUACAGACCUUAUUACCAGUAGAAUAAUUUUGUUGGUAGCUUUGAUCCUUGAUCUCCUAAUUGAGUUUGUGGAGAAGGGUUGGAGGUCUGUAUAGUUGAGUUUGAAUAUUAAAUAGGACUGCGUAUGUUUAAAGACGUUUAUUUCUGAAAUUAGAGUAUAUACAUUUAAUUAUAGCAUAUAUUUCAGAUUUAAAAAUGAAUUUGGCAAUAUUUUUAACAUUUUUGUCAAAUGUGUUGCUUCAUGAAUGUAUUACUAAUUGAAUAUUCAGUAAAAAAUUACUUUUUAUCAA